GAUUCAAAAACUGUAUCUGAAAAAAAUGGUGGGAUCGUCUUGUUGUGUCCACGCCUUAUCACUUGCAGGUUUUUCUCACCUGACUCCGUCCCCACUCUGUUUCCACUCCCUUCAUUAACCAAAUCAAUUCUCUUAAUCCGAUUCCCUUCCUUCUCUGCGACCAUAGGACACCGUUAUACUUUCAAGGUUCAACACGUUAUUUCUAAAGCUACGUGGUCCCUUUUCAGUUUUCACAACAAAUUUCUUUGCUUAUUCUCUUCCUAACAUCUCUCUGUCGGUUUCAGUACGAUGAUGAUUCACUUCAUUUAACCAAUCUUCAAUUCUAUACCCUUUCAUUCUGUUUCUCUUCUUAACUAUCCUAUCUUUGUAUAGAUUAGACUUUGAUUUUGUUAAUUACACUUUUUGAUUUCCCUUCCACCGACUCCAACUUUCGAUGCUAUCCCUUGGAAUUGAUUCCUCUGCUUUUUUUUAUCUUUCUUACUUUCGAUGACACUUGUUACUCUUUUCGUUUAACACGCACACAGCUGCACCGCUUUUGGAGCUUGACAUCUAGAGGAAGGAUAAGAAAAGAUAAAGUGAAUGAUUUUGGAAGAACGAUCUCUUUUUCUCUUCCUUCUUUCGUUUUGGGAUUCUGGGUUUUGAAGAUAAUUGAUAAAUUGACCCAAAGAUGGGAUCUGGGACUGGAAAUUUCUUUAAAGUUGUUCUUAAAAACUUCGAUGUUCUUGCUGGCCCUGUUGUCGGUCUUGUCUAUCCUCUAUAUGCCUCAAUCAGAGCCAUCGAGACCAAAUCUCAAGUCGAUGAUCAGCAAUGGCUUACUUAUUGGGUUUUACACUCCAUGAUUACUCUCUUCGAGCUGACCUUUGCCAAGGUUCUUGAAUGGAUUCCAAUAUGGCCUUAUGCGAAGCUGGUUGUGCUAUGUUGGUUGUCAGGCUUUAGUGGAGCUUCGUAUGUGUACGAGCAUUACUUAAGACCUCUAAUGGUGAACCAACAGAGAGUUAACGUUUGGUAUGUUCCUAAAGGGAAGGAUCCUUUGAACAAACGUGAGGACAUUAUUACUGCUGCAGAGAAGUACAUUCAGGAACAUGGAACUGGUGAACUUCAAUACAUGCUUGACAAUGCCGAAGUGCACAGGAGAAAUAGUAGCAGUUAUUAUGGUUAUGCAGAUGACUAUGGAUAUUGAAACUAAUGCCACUCGAAUUCAACUGGCUACUUCAGAUUAGAAUAAGAGUGGGAACUCAAACAAAGCUGAAAGUUCACUCCUUUUUUGUUUUUUUCUCUUUUGGGUCUGUGAAAAACUAGCCUCUGUUCAUUGUUGUAGAUGUUUUAUCCAAACUUGUACUUCUUUUUUUUUAUCGUUUUUUUGUAAUAUCAAAGCAAAUUCAAAUAAACAUGAAGAGAAGUGUAGUCAUUUAUCAUA